UUUUGCUGCGAAUUAACCCUAAAAAUCCCCUAAAAAACUAAAAAAAAAUAAAAUUCGAAGAUCAAACAUGAAGCGAUCACGCUCCAGUAGCUUUGGCAAUAUCCGAGUACUUAAAUCUCCGCCACCCACUGCUUUUGGCUUUCAAUGGAAUACACGCGCUAACGCUACCGUAAUCUCCGUCCACGCGCCGCCCAAGGCCCGGGAAAUGACAAAGGUGGGGAUUCUGGCCGUUUCGGCGCCAAAAUUGGCUGUUUGGCAAGAGAGUUACUUUUUGGAUAAUUGCUUCCUUUGCAAGAAGGGGCUACGCCAAAAUGAUAUAAGAUUUAUGUACGGUGACUUUCGUGCGUUUUGCUCCAUUGAAUGCCGCCAUAAGCAAAUCACUGAAGAUGCAGAAAAGGAGAAAGCUUCAAAAGAAAUUGACUGAAACAAAGCAAAAACCCGAUCUGAACUUGCCACCUAGUACUUAACUUGAAAAAGAGAACAUGUAUUUUCGUCAUGUUAUUGGUUUCAGUAACUUUUUCUUUUUGGUAGUGCAUAUAGCUUGUCAAAUUUUCAAGAUAGGCAUAUGCAUUUUUAUGUAAAUGGUUGGUUGACCUAUAAAAUCUGCCUUUGUACAGUUUUGCAUUAGAUGAAUUUAAAAAGAAAAAAAUCUAGGUGAUUGAG